AUGAAUCGACAUGUUGGAGAUCUUGGUAAUGUGACUGCUAAUCGUGCUGGUAACAUCAUCAUUAACAUGCAAGAUUCGAUUAUUCAAUUACACAAUUCGACACAAUCUAUUGUUAAUCGAGCCUUUGUUCUGCAUGCAAUGCGAGAUGACGGUGGUAUGGGUGGUUUUACAGACAGUACAACUACUGGAAAUGCGGGUGCUCGCAUUGCUUGUGGUAAUAUUAUGUUGAAAAAAAACAAAUCAAGUGACUAA